AUGACCAUCGCGGUCCAAUUCCGCGACAAGUAUAACACGCCAGACAUCACCUCCUCCAGCAACAUCCUCGCUUCUUCCAGCAAACUCCUGGACGUUGCUAGUAAUAUGUCGACUAUGCCUCCAACCCACUGCACUGGCUGCGGAGACGAAUUCCAGGCGCUCGAGGCGCGCAUUCCCAUGGCCGGCGACGAUAUCUGCCGUGAGUGUUUCGACUGCUCGAUCAAACCUCAAUUCGAGUCUGCCCUGGUCAAUGAAGCCGACUAUCCACCUACAAUUGGCCGUACAAUCCUCAACAUCCUCGAUUACUCCCACCUCCUCCCCGGUGAGCUCAUCGACGCCUACAUCAAAAAGGGCAACGAGUAUGCCAUUCUCCCAAAACAUCGAGUUUACUGCUCGAACAACGCGAAAUGCAGCGCCUUUCUUGGACACAUUUCCAAGGAAGAAUUCCUCGUCUUAUGCGAAGAAUGCCAUUCCACCACCUGCAUGAGCUGCUGCAAGAUAGUCAGAUACAUCAGAAUCCGCGCGCUCCUAUCUCGUCCUCACAAAUGCAAGAAACUGGGCGAUCCCAACGACCAUCAACUUCCAGAAGAAACGCGCGGAAAGGAAUGGCAAGUUUGUCCCGGAGAAGGCUGUGGAAUCCUCGUAACUCUCAAAGACGGAUGCAACCACGUCAUCUGCACCGUCUCAGCUUGCAGAACUGAAUUCUGCUUCUUCUGUGGUAAACCGGCCAAGGGUAGCAGUGGACACUGGCGUAAUCGCGGUCCAACCUCAUGUCCACGCUACGGCACCACACACUUGCCAGAAGCGGAAGCCCCAGGAGCUAUGGAUGCGAUUAUUGAGCAAGCUCAGGAAAUGCGCCUUCGAUUAGACGCGCUGGUUGAAUUUAUGGAUCAGCCGGACAUCUUGCAGCCGCCGAGGAAUAUCGACCAGUGGCUUGGUCGCCCCCUUGGGGCGCCUAUUGCGGACGAGCAGGGGGACUUGGGAAGGGUGAUGGCUGAGCGGCAGAGACAGUUGCGGGAACGAGCGGCUUGGGAGUGGGAUCGUAUGGGCGCUUUGGGUCAUUUAGAAGUGGGAGAGCAGGCUUUGUGGAAUUUCUUGCAGGAUGUUGACCUUCCUGAUUUCGGAAUGGAUUAA